AUGACCUCUCGCGAGCUUACCACGGAGGAGCACCUAGCUCUCGGGAUACAACGGGCCCCCACGUGGACGGAGAGUCGGCCACUGUACAUAUGGCCCUACCCAUGUCACAUGUGUGCCGACGGACUCUGCGUCAUCGAACCUCUGUUGACUGGUGACACUGAUCAAUUGGUCGACAUUCCCAAACGCUGCCAACGUUGCGGUCGCCACGAUCAGAGCGGUUGCUCCAUCCUCACUGGAAGCCGCAACAAGCAGUACCUCUGCGAGGGUGGAGGCUCCUUCAGCGUCGUCACCGUGCCCUUCACGAGUGACCAGCGUCAAUCUCGCGACAUGCGCCAGACAGGACAGCCCUCACCAAGCCCCAGCCGUAACAACCCCUCACCGCGCAUUCCCGACUCCAAUGACCUUCUCCGCCGACUCUCUCUUGCCCCUACUCCUCGAGCUCACACAAUGAACAACGACUGCUACCGCCCGUACCGCGUGGAGAAUGACGAGGAUGAGGGCCGUCGUCCGCGUCGCGGAAGGCGCGCGCAGCAGAGAAAGGCUCAGCGGGACCGGGAGCCAUCAUCGUGGUUCCGUGGACACGACGUGUAUCGUCCCGACGCCAUGUCUCGUCCUCAGUCCCCUGCUCAGCACCAGCGCGCCGCCCAGGACCAUGGCUGGCCUCAACGCCACCCGUCUGGGGACAUCCGCGCGAGUUCGAACCCCACCAUCGCCGCCGACCACCUUCCCGCCCUUCCCGGCCGUGAGGGCACUGCAUCAACUGAAUCCAACAGAAGCGAACGGACGUCAACAUCUUCUUCCAUGGGCACUGGUAACCGUAGCCGCGACGAUAUGGCCUCUGCUUCUGGCCAGCUCGAUACCGAAUACCCACCAGACGCCAACGGUACUCAUGCUGAGCUUCAAAGCGGCGCCAGCCCUCAGCCUGCGACCUUGCCGCCAAUCCAGGACAGGCAGACCAAGGGCUAUGCCUGUGACGCUUUGUCAGCUGAUAACGAGGGCCGCAAGCGUCCCAGGGUUCAUGAUGAGCAAGAAGGUAACGCGUGGGGCAACCCAGAACAAUCUCGGUUCUCGAGACGAAUCAAGGAACUCGAAGAACAACUGAAGCGCAAGAACGCCGCUAUCCAUUCCUUGGAAUCCGAAAACGGCCGUCUCAAGUCGGAUAGGGAGCGUGUCAAACGGCUCGAGAGGGAAAAUGCGAACCUUAAGGACGAGGUCAUUGACCUUCAGCGCCAGAUUCUCCGUGGCAGCAGGCUAUAA